AUGGGCAGAGAUGUUCUGGGCGAGGAACUGUUCUCCUUUUCAGUUGGAACUGAAAAGCAUGCGUUGUACGGUUUAUAUGGAAACGAUAUAAUGUCAGAUACAAUGUGUGAUUUGUCUACAGUUCUCAUUUGUUUUGUUCUAUACACCGCAAGUAACAAGUAUGAGUGUCUUUUAAAAGAGUUUUUCUUUUGCAUGACUGUAAUAUUCUUCCUCAAUACCGAAUCUUCAUGAUUCACAAUCAUCCUUUAUAUAAAUUGGAAUUCGGAAUAUCGGAAUUGUCGAUAUCGAAUUGUUCUUUUUUUCUUUUUAUAAUUUAUAACAUAACAUACAAUCUUUCUAUAAAGGAUGAGCACUUUUAGGAACUGUGGUCUAACCUGUGAGAUCGCCUUGUGGCUGUUCAGAGGAGGGCGGUGCUAAUCUCAGGUAGAGUUCAGCAGGUCGGGUUGUUUUUCCUCUCAACACAGUUACACGGCAGCCGGACUCACGGGAGGAGACGGUCUAUGGAUGAAAACAUACGGACCUGAGAAAUAAGAUUGGAUUUCAAUUCUCUGAAUAUUUUCCCCACCGUCGUCGCUGAAUUAUCAUUGUGUUUGGAUUUUUUUUUUGGGGGGGGGGAACUGUUUUCACGUUUUUCGAAAAAAGAAAAAAAAAACGGAACUAAAUAAGAAAAAAAGAUGCAGGACGUUCAAUUAUGGAACAGUUCGUGUAAGAACGGUUCGUUUAUUACUUUGCCCUGCCCCUCACAAAAUAUCACUUGCAAGGUCCUCAAUGAGAUGAAUUCCACCAUCAUCCUCAGCUACAACAACGGCACUGCCAUUGACCUCCCGGAAGACAGAUGGCGAAAUUCCAAUUUCUGGAUUGGCCUGUGCCUGGCUGUUUUCUCUUCAGGCCUCAUUGGUGGCAGCGUCAUCCUGAAAAAGUUGGCUCUGUUAAGACUGGCUCGGACAGGGGAAACCAGAGCAGGUGAAGGUGGUCAUGGAUACCUGAAGGACUGGCUGUGGUGGGGCGGUUUACUGACCAUGGGUGGUGGUGAAGCUGCCAAUUUUGCUGCAUAUAUCUUUGCUCCAGCGACAGUGGUAACUCCACUAGGUGCCUUAAGUGUUCUCAUAAGUGCAAUACUGUCUUCAUACUUGCUUGGGGAGAGCCUGAAUUUGAUAGGAAAACUAGCUUGUGUUCUCAGCCUACUGGGUAGUACUGUAAUGGUCAUUCAUGCCCCAGAAGAGGAGGAAGUAAGAACAUUGAAUGAAAUGACCGCCAAGCUUUUAGAUCCAGGAUUUCUUGUCUACGCAAGUACUUUGCUCAUUGCAACUUUGCUGCUGAUCUUCUACUUCUCACCACGGAUCGGGCAGACCAAUAUCUUGAUCUACAUUAGCAUUUGCUCUCUUCUCGGGGCCUUCACUGUCUCCUCCGUCAAAGGUCUGGGCAUCACCAUAAAGACAUUCUUCUCGGACCCCUCUGUGAUAAAGCACCCCCUGACCUGGAUUCUGAUUGUCUCGCUAGUGGCUUCGGUUAUCAUCCAGAUAAACUACCUGAACAAGUCACUGGAUGUCUUCAACACCCUGCUGGUGUAUCCCAUCUAUUAUGUCUUCUUCACAACCGUUGUUCUGACCACGUCCGUCAUCCUUUUUAAGGAGUGGUACUCUAUGUCAGGAGUGGACAUUGUCGGAACGCUGUGUGGGUUCCUGGUGAUUGUUUUAGGGGUUUUUAUGCUGCACGUUUUCAGGGAUCUCAAAGUCAGCUUGGCCAACCUUCCACAGACUAUUAAUCAUAGACAGGUGGAAGAGCCGGCGCCUCAGGUGAUCAAAGUAGAUGACAAACACAUACUCAUUGAAAAUAUGGAAAGCCUGCCUCCUUUCAUGGAAGACUCACCCAGAGUGUUCAUAAUCAGCUGAAAACAUGGGUUGUGCGUCUUUACAGUGUGUAUAUUUUAAUGUCGUUUUGUAUUUAUUUGCGUUUGUGGCUGCUGACGACGCUGUUGAUGAAGUGGCCAGUACAGAAAG